GAAGCUCAGAAAAUAGAGGAGGUUUGGAGAAAUUCAUUCCAUCCCAAAAUUAGAAAAUGGAAUCACAAAUGCUCAAAGUCAUGACAGAGUCAUAAAAGAAACAAAUGGAGGACCACGACAAAAUAUAGGAAGAGAUUAAAGGUUCAGUGUGAGCAGAGUUCUUCAAAAUGAAACAAGAAAUAAAGAAUCGGCUGAGGCAAAGUUGCGAGAAGUCAACUUCGGGGCUGUCACGACAGCCAAGAACAGGGUGGUUUACUGGAACUGUUCUUCUCUCUGAUCCUUUUUCAUCCCUCAGAGUUAAGAUGAAAGUGAUGUUCUUUGUUUGAUGUGGGAUUGUAAUACACUUCUACUACUUCUACUACAGAACAUUCUGUCGGCAACUGCAACAUGCAGUGCGUUUUGUGCAGUUGUGGAUCAGUGGACCUGGGCUGGUUCUGUGGAGGCUCAUGGGGGCUUGUUCGACAACUUCACCUGUGUUUGGUGGAGGCAUUCGACUGUAUUCCUCUUGAACAAGACCACGGAAACCAGCGGAGGUAGUGGGUUUUCAGCGUGGAGUGACUUGACUCCCUCAAAGACACGAGGUAAGGAGGUCAGUCUCUUUCUUCUCUCUCAGCGUUAUUUUAAGAAACCUCCUGGACAGCUAAACGGUGAGGUGUUCUGGAAAUGUUCAACUAUAGACAGAGGUCCUGCUGCACCGAGUCGGACAUAAAAGAAAGGAUGAAAAAGAAAGAAAAAAAUCAGGGUGUAAGGGGUUUAGCUGUUAAAAUUGACCAGGAAUCAUAAAAUGAAGUUAGCUUCUGGAUGAACAAGUGCAUUUAUUGGUUGCAAGUUAUCAUUGAAUCCCAUCAUUGUCUCCUUGAGGGAAAAUAAAAGUGUAAAUUUGGAAAUUUCAAUUAUUGCUGAAAAACAAAAAAAAAAAAAAUCAAUUCACUUAUAAAUGUAUUUUAUCUUCUGCAAAAAAAAUGCUUCAGCGAUAUUCAUUUUGCAUGUUUGAAAUCGUAAAAAGGUGAAGGAAUAAAUAUAAAUGAAGGAAAUGAUCGUGUUCAUCUGAGAUUUUGUCAUUAUAAAGAGCUGCAAAAUAGAUCCACAUGUUGUUUCAUAAAAACCACACACGCUAAUGUGGUUUAGUCGUUUCAAUGUGUGGCUGUUGGGAAAGCACUAGUGCACAAGAGCACUUCUUCUGAUGAAAUAAAUAUCAAUGCGCUGGCUGAUGGAGUCGGCUGCGGUGUUUGGCCCCUCCUCGAUCCACCGAGAGAGAAAGAGAGUGGAUCCCGUGGACCAAUCGCUUGCGCGUCAUAUUUCUUUGGGGAGACAAGAGAGAAGGAGAAGAGCGAGCAGAACCGCUGCUCUCCAUCCUCCCAACAGCGAUCUGCGGAUUAUAACCGAGUGGGCUCCUUCCUCCAAGCGCGACCCCACCAGAACAUCGUCCGGAUCCGCCUUCUUUAAAAGAACCCUGCCACGAGCGCCCGAAGAAUAAGAUAUGGCUUCGGAAAGAAUGGUGUACCUUUUCUGAAAUUGAAGUUGAGUGGAAAUAAGGACACGGAAGGCCCACCAGUCUAGCUCCAGGUCUCCGCCAGUGAGUUAUCCAGUCGGACGUUUCUACUAGAAGACAUGGAGCACCAUUUUCUACAUAGACUGUGGUGAGAACGUUGCAGCCCUGUCUCGUCCACAACGCCCCCUUUCAGCCCGGACGGCCCACCAUGCCCCGGCGCAUAUGAAAGGGUACCAUGUCAGCCGCAGCUUGUCCCAGCAUUCCUCCGGUGGUGGCGGAGGAGGCUCUUGCCACUGCAUGCCGGAGGAUUGUGAUGGCCAUGGCAGGGAUUUCUACCACGGUCACGGUGAUGGUCACUACUAUCCUUCUGGUGGUGCGGCUGAAGCGCUUGCCUUGGAGAGGCAUCAUUCACACUCCCACUCUCAUUCUCAUAGCCACUCAGGCGGUGGGACCUUCCCCCGUUCUCACAUCAGCCAGCACCCACCUCUCCAGUCCUUUGACUCGUGCGAGGAGUGCCUGUCAGGUCAUGAAGGCAAAAUGCACCGCAUCCCUCCAAACCUGAUGGAUCAGUUUGAGAAACAGGUGCCAUUCCAUCCAGAUGGUUUCCACACACUGCAGUACCAGCGCUCUCCUGGGGGUGGAGCUGAGCAACGAAGUGAAAGCCCUUCUCGGAUCCGACAUCUGGUCAACUCCGUGCAGCGUCUCUUUGCCAAAUCUCAUUCUUUGGAGGCUCCAUCCAAACGGGAGUACAAUGGCACCAGAGGAGGGAGUGAUUACCGCGGUGAAAGAGGAGGUGGCCACAGGAGCGGAGGUGAGGACGGCGGAGGCCACUACUCUGGCCACCAAUCUCGCUCAGCUCGGAGGAACAAAUCUCGAGAGCGUAGCAAAAGUGGCGACUCACGGCACGAGUCAGGACGGCGCCACCGAAGCCGGACAGCAGGCUGGUGGAGCUCGGAUGACAACUUGGACAGUGAUAGUAGCUUUCUGGUUAGUGGCGCCAGGAGGGGUUAUCCAGCUGGACACGAGAGUCUGGAUGCUGCCAUCCAGGAGCUAACCAUGAAGAGGCCAAAAGAACGUGGUGGGGGUGGUGGCGGUGGGCCCAGCCCUGGGGAGUGCAUGGCUUGUACUACAAUAGCCCUGGCAGGCAGCGACGGAGCCGGACAUCAUGGUCACCAUGGCCACUCGCUGAAAAGAAGCACUUGGUCGGCGAUGACAGUCAGUCAAGCCAGGGAGGUCUAUCCAUCCACUCGGGGCGGAGGAGGGGGCUACGACAAGGCUCUUGUUCCAGUCGAGAGCAAAAUGAAGGAGAGGUCCUUCCACUAUCUGCAGGUUCCUUCUGAGGACUGGGGAGGAGGCUUCGGUGGAGGAGGAGUGGACAGUGGCGGAGAGAUCCCCUGCCGUCGCAUGCGCAGCGGCAGCUACAUCAAGGCCAUGGGGGAUGACGACAGUGCGGAUUCUGACACCAGCCCCAAAGCCUCACCCAAGUCCACUCUGAUCGCCCAGAGAGAUGCCUUCAGGAGGUCCAUCAGCAUGGAUCAAAGGUACUCAUGUAAACAGUGUACUGACCCAUACACCAACAGCCGAACAGCACCCAAAACCCAGACCCGCUCCCGUAGCUACACCCGCUCUCUGACCAGCUCACAGCUCGGCGACUCCCUGAACCGCCAGUUUGAGGCGGUGUGUGAGACGAUGUUUGGCGAGGUGGAGUCCCAGGCGGUGGAGGCGCUGGAUCUACCUGGAGUGUUUCGCACUCGUAGCCACAGCUACGUGCGUGCCAUUCAGGCCGGCUGCUCCCAGGACGACGACUGCCUCUCUGUCUUCUCCAUGUCGGGCCCUCAGGGGAGCAUCAAAAGCGGGGCCGUCUUUCCUUAUCGCAAAGGUGCUCCUCCCCCACUCCCACCUCGCAUGUCCAAGUCUUCACUCUCCGUCCGCGCUCAGAGCAGCACCGAGUCCACCCAGGACGCCUACUUUCAGAGCAGCGGCCAGCUGGGAGGAGUCUCUGGACCCGGCCGCCCCAAACAGCACAGUAACUCCGUGGACCUGGGCUGCACUGAUGGGCCCUUGGUGCGCUCAUCUAGAGCCGGCUACUACAAUACGACCGGACCUGGACGACCCCGGCAGCACAGCAACUCCGCCGAGAGCCUGGAUGGUGUGAGGAGUUCCAGAGAGCUUGUGCUGUACGGAGGCGGUCCGGGAGUUGGUGUGAGGGCCAAACACAGCAGUUCAGCCGACAGCUUGCUGGAGGGGCCGCCGAGGCCAGCCAGGGAAAGGGACAGAGUCGGGGGCAGCCUGGGCAAGUCGGCUUCCUUGCCGCAAAACAGUAUGGUGUUGAGCAAGGCUGUUGGACAGGAGGAUGGGCGCGGUGGAAGGAAGUGGAGGCCGUCAAUCGCCGUUCAGGUGGACAGCUCAGAAACGGAUUCGGACGCCGACACCAAGGCCCUGACUGAGGUUCACUCGAUUGGGGUCCAAGUGGAAGAUGACAAAAGACGAGCUCGAUUCAAGCGCUCCAACAGCGUGACCGCGAGUGUGCAGGCUGACCUGGACCCCGAGGGCUUCCCGGGGCUCAGCAUCGCCGUGCCAACACAGGACAAGAGCCUCCAGUUUGGCUGUUCCUUUCAAAGGCACUCGUCAGAACCCGAGUCGGCGAGCCAGUACACAGAGUGCCACCGCACCGUCCACACGCAGGGACAGUGGGCCUACAGAGAGGACUUCAUCCAGAGUGGCUACACCACUGAGGCCUGUCCGGCCGACCCGAGGCCCCACCAGCACCCACACUUGCCUCCACGUUCCCACUCUCCACUGCCCAUCGCCUCUGAGCGAGCCUGGGCCGGAACACCGUCCCUGGAGGGCCCACGAAGCCUGCCCGACUCGGGCCGAGCCUCGCCCUGCAUGAGAGAUGGGGAGUUCUUCCUCCGCCUCCUGCAGACGGAGGUGGAGAGGAUGGAGGGCUGGUGUCAGAGCAUGGAGAGAGAAGCAGAGGAGAACGAACUCCCGGAGGACGCUUUGGAGCUGAUACGUAAUGCAGUCGGCAGUGCACAGAUGCUCAUGUCUCAAAAAGUCCAGCAGUUCUUCCGCCUGUGCCAGCAAAGUGUGGACCCCUCUGCAUACCCUCAGCCCACCUCUCAGGACCUGGCUGGCCUGUGGGACCUUCUCCAGCUCAACGUGGAGGACGUCAGGGUCAAGUUCCAGGACCUACAGAGGCUCAAAGACUCUGGGUGGAAGCUCCCACCUGAAAAGAAGGAUGAUAAGAAGCUGCCUCCUCCUUUACCAAAGAAGCCAGCAGGGGGCGUGACAGGAACCCUCAGAUCCGAUAGCACAGGAGACGGAGGAGGCAGCGGUGGGUCAGGGGGCUUGGUGGUGCCUCGGGUGGGUGGACACACUCUGCCCAUAAGGGAGAAGUCCCUCGAUCUCGCCGACCGCCAGAGGACAGAAGCAAGACGAAGGCUUCUGCAGACCAAACGCACCGCCUCCUUCAGGCAGAACUCCGCCACCGAGAGCGCCGACAGCAUCGAGAUCUACAUUCCUGAAGCCCAAACUCGACUCUGAAACAAGCCCUUCUUACCUCUGCGCCCAUUCCCACACAUCCAUCCAUGCUUCGACCAUGAUCCCAAAUCUAUAACAAAAAAAAAAAACUUCAACAUUCUCCCCUAUGAAUUCAAUAUCCAUGCAGUAUUUGCUGAGCAUUUAUGAAUUCGCCAGCUCUAUUGUUACGAUUUAGAUCUUUUUCACAUGUGCCCUAUGGGUUUGACUCAUGGAUAGUUCUAUAAUUCUCUAUCAGCAUUGCUCUGGCCCAACUCAAACAAACCAGCGUGCUUAUUCAGUACUGCUUUUUCUACUCACUGUUGCCACCCAGGAUUUGGGCACACAAACAGAGCCAGGCAGCAGUUUUUGUUAACCCUCUUUUAUCCUCUUUUCUCCUCGGAGCAACCAAAGUUUCCCCCUUUUAAAGCAGAGAAUGGUGAGUUUUCAUCUCAAAUGGACUCCACAGUCCUUGCUUGAGUGCUCACCAGGUGCUUGAUCAUGACAUCACCGGCUUGAAAGGGAAAGAAGUCGACUAGAAGUCGCAAUGAAGAGGCUCAAAAUUUACCGUAAGCCUCCCUGUCUUCAGGUGCCUCAAAGUAUGUUGACAGCGCAUCUUCAUUUUCAGGGUAAAAUUGAUCCAGUUUCAUGAAACAAUGUUCUUGACUUUAGAUGUCACUAGAUGGCACUCUCUAAUAUGAACUGUUAAAACAAAAUGUUAUGUAAUGUUAAACUGAGUGCUCCACCUACUGAGCUCUGAAAUUGAGGACACUGUUUCACGAAACCUCACCAGCUAUUUUUUGAUGAUCAAAUGAACGUUUCACUCAUGGUGCGUUCCAGUUACCUCGGAAGUCGAAGCUUGGAACACGGAAUUGACAUCACUGCCGAGCUCAGCGUGUUCCAGUUCUGAACGUCGGAAGUCGACUAGAGGUUGAAUAUACACAAGAGGUCUACUCACAGUUGCUACACUUCGUCACCAUCUUGGAUUGCAGACUCGAGGUAGUGAGAAUUCUCCCACUUUCUAACUGGUAAAUCCGACGUCAGAUGUCGGUGGGAGGCGUAGCUGUGGAAUUCCCAGAUCCGACGGCCACUGGAACUCACCAUAGAACCCGAACACAAAGUUAAAUGGGGAAAAUGAACUGGAGACAGAGGACGUCCCAAGAGAGAUAAAAACUUCUCACUAAUCUAUAGAAAACAAUGAUGGGCCGAUCAGGUUUCAUGAAACAGUGUCCUCAUGUUCUCUCUGCUCUGUAGCAUUGAAGAAUGACUCGUAUUUAAAGAGAAAAUGAAGAGACUGUUUCACGAAACUUCAUCAGCUGUCGCUCACAGAAAGUCAACUUCUGUGUGUGAGUGCACAUCUCUAUUACCUCACCAGCCACCUUCUGGACAGGGAUGGAAUCUACAAAAUCACAUGAGAAGAUAAGUUCCCAUUCAGUCUUCAGGAGCUUUUAAGUGUGAUAGGUACGUAUGGCACACUAUAGUAAACUCUUACGAAACUUAUUACGAUGAUUAUUAUGGCAGCCAUGUUAAAAAGUUACUUCAAAAAAUAUUUUAGCUCCUUCGAAGGACCAACCAAGAAGUCAGUGGCAGCAGCACUUUCUCUUUUCACCGCUCAUCUUCCCGUCAUUUUGCAAUCUAAGGGCUGUACAGGCACAAACCUCCUGUGCGAGGUCACCACCAACAAAACCAUCUUCCGGACUUCGAAGCGACUCCGUGUCCUCAAUCACCGGAGCAGAAGACAUCUGGCCACGCCUCCUCUUAACCUCCAUGGCUCCUUUUCUUCUCUAACUCCUUCACACUGCUCUCUGAACUAAACUUGCAACGUAGCAUCACAGACAGCCUUUGGUGGGGUGAUAUUUUCACUGGUGUUAUUAGGUAUGUCAUUCCCCCGAACAAAUGAGCCGCCCCCUAUUUCACUGUGAUGAGACUACAGUACCCCCAAGUGGUCAAAAGAAAGACCCCCCCAGAAACAUCCGAGGUAUACGUAGUUAUUCCAUCAGGAGUUUUAAUGACACAGCCAUGUAGGAAUAGUCUUUUUUUUCUGCUUAAAAAAAAGAGGCAGCAGGGCGGCUGUAGAGCUUCAGUGACUGAUGGAGAUUGAAGUGAAAAUAUUUUGUAAAGAAAAGAAUAUUGGUAUCAUUCGGUUUUUAGACGCUAUGAACGUUUGUUAGCAGUGUGUCGCUGAACCCUUCUCACACACACGAUUUCCAGGAGCGUAGCAUGAAUUAAGAGUCUUUUAUCAGAUCAUAUUUCUAGUCUGGGUGUUUUUGUAAGAGUGUUUUCGUGAGUGGAUGUGUGAACAUGGACGGCUGAGCGGUAGAAAAAGGACGCACGAAGGCGACCCGUGUCCAAUUCAGCCAUUUUAAACUGAGAAAAUUCCUAUAGCAUGAUCUGUUUUUGUCUUCAGUCGGGACGGAAUGCGACGGAGAGCUUUAUGAUUUUCAAAGGAGAUGUAUAUUUUAUAAAUUUCUAGAUUAGUAAAUGAGUAACGGCGAUGUACAGCAAAAGCAUAUAUAUAUAUAUACAUAUAUAUAUAUAUAUAUCAAAUGUGAAAUACUGAAGUAUUAUUAUCAUAGAUUAUUGAAGUGUGUGAUUUAACAGCUGUUUGUCAUAUCCAAAUUCGUGAACGUGAAGAGGGUUCACAGGGUAUUACUAGCAAUUGUCGUAGGAUCUUUCAUAGGUAUUUAUGUAUAUCCGUGUGAUUGCAGUAACCUAGACCACCUCUCCAUCUAACCCCCACUUUAGAAGCAACAUGUGCCUAAAUGUGGAUCUUUGAAUAUUAAACGACGGUUUGUACUCGGCGAGGAAAUAUUACACCACCUUUGACUCUCACUUCUGAAAUUGUCGGCACCGCAUGUUCAGCGACAAGAGAAUUUUUUCAAACAAGCGUGUUUUGUAGCUUUUUUUUUGUUUGCAACGAUACUGUUUCAGCAACUUUGUAUACUUGUAUUAUCCCUGGAUGAUAUUGGAUCGACUCGACACCUCGGGACGUGAAGAUACUGGAAUAUUCGGACAGUGUUUUGCAAGCGACGUGGGUUGCAGAGCAGCCUUAUCCUUCUCCUCUGUUGCCCACAAACAUCUCAGUGGUCUACGACACAAAGCACAAAGACCUGCUUUUUAUACUGUUACUCCACUGUGAAGGACUCACAAUCCUCAAAUGGACACAAAGAGGGACGGCCAAGUUUGGAGUUGGCCCUGAGGGACGCCACAUCAACCUUUUCUUUUUUUUUUUUUUUUUUAAUCCAAAGUAGCAUUAUAUAGACUUUUUCUUUUCUACUCCAAGUUGAGGUGUUAGCAAGCCACCUUGCCUUGAUACUCGGUCCAUUGCAAACACACUUUAUUUAGCAGUGAUAUCCGUAACCUGUGUUGUGUUUCGACCAUCUCCGCACAGGACACGUAACAGGUGCGUCAGCUGCUAGCAUCAUCUGAACACUCACCAACAGUUGCAUAACCAUUUCCUCCAAGUGCAAAAAUCGCUCAUGAACAACCGGACGGACAACUCCAAGUACCUCAGUCUCUACUACUAGUGUCUCCUACCACGAACACAGACCUCUGUCCUCAGGGGAUUCUUUGACACCCACAAAACUGCAGGACGCUGGAAAAAAAAAAAAGAAACCACCAGAAAAUAAGUUUUGUUUUCUCUGGGUGUAAAAGAGGAAUUGGUCCAAACUCUCUUGUAGCGACUUUCUGUGAAUAAAGAGCAAGGAAGAG